CCACAUGAAAAGUUGCACGACAAGUUUUACUGUCAAAACAACUCAUGAGGUGGCGAAGCAUGAGUCACAUAUCAAACAGGGUGUCGUCAACACAUGCAACUGUUGUAUUUGACUUCUAUUAACACCAGCCAACGACGAAGAACCACUAUAUCGACAAGGCUGUUCCUUGGAGCCAUCAGUAGGCUCUGCCUAUCAGGCUGAAACCACCAAGAGACUUACAAAGCCAUGGAAGAAGGGAAGGAAGAACCUGUGACGGACAAGCCUGGGACACACAAGCAUGGGACAGACAAGCCUGGGACAGACAAGCAUGGGACAGAGAAGCCUGGGACAGAUGAAUGUGGGACAGACAAGCCUGGGACAGACAAGCAUGGGACAGAUGAACAUGGGACAGACAAGCAUGGGACAGAGAAGCCUGGGACAGAUGAAUGUGGGACAGACAAGCCUGGGACAGACAAGCGUGGGACAGAUGAACGUGGGACAGAUGAACCCGGGACUGACAAGUCUGGGACAGACAAGUCUGGGACAGACAAGCCUGGGACAGACAAGCCUGGGACAGAUGAACGUAGGACAGAUGAAUGUGGGACAGGUAAACCUGGGACAGACAAGCCUGGGACAGCUAAACAUGUGACAGACGACGACAAUGCUGUGAUUGGACCCUUGAAACUUUGUGUUGGGCAAGAAAAGGCAAGUCUAUUCAGUUCUUUUACACUUAACAUCAGUCUAGGUGGGUCAUUAAGGUCUUAA